AUGAUUCAGCGAAACAACCUUAGAAGGAAAAGUGCGGUGCUUUGCUUUGCCAAGACGACGUUGCCCAUGCCAGAACACGCUAUGUCUGGAGUUCUCAAUUAUAUUCUUGUGUUCUACCUCGAGCCUUUUUAUACCAAUAUGCCUUCAGAGACAGAACACCCAAAGGCUUCUAUGUGGGAUCUGCCUCCAGAACUAGUGGACCAGAUAAUUGACCUGCUCCCUAUAGAGUCUCAGGUUUACCUUGCACUCAGCUGCAGGUCUUUAUACAGACGCUAUCAACACGUUUUGGCACAAGACGAAUUUGCCUUCCCUAGAUAUGAAUCCGGCCUAGGUUGGCUUCCAUAUGGGCUUCUAGAUGAAAAUUCGAAUCGCGAAUACAAUUUCCGCCGUCAACUUCUUUGUCGUCUUCAAGGACCUAGAAGACUCUACUGUUCCUCAUGCAGCAAGUUACACCUGACCAACGAGUUUGGUCUGCUGUCGAAUAUAGUACCCCGGAUUUGUGAACGUCUGUCCCGCAGUCCGUUGAAUAUCAGAGCAAUGACUCGAACGCUGGAAGGAUCUCAACGUGAAUGGCUCGAAUGGCGCCGUUGCUCAGUCACAAUCCAACCCGAAGUGGUUGCUGAGCAGAAGCUCUACAUUUCGCCAGAUGAGCAGACAUUCUUGCGGGUCCGAAGCCAAUGGGAAAUUACUUACAAAGAGGAAACAAAUGAUUGCCCAAAGAUUGAGCGCUUUUUUGGCUGUCCCCAUCGAUGUAUGCUCCCAGAAUUUCCAACAUCUCGUUCGCGGAAACGAUUUAACAAAUGCUAUGAGUGCAACCUCUGUAUAAAGACCCACUGGAAUGAGGUUGACAGAAGCGUGUUUCAAGUUGAGAUAACACGGACAGUCGAUACUCGUGAGAUUUUGAGAAGUAGAUAA